GGCGGGCUGGGGGCGGGGCGGCCGGGGCUGCCUUCCCCGGCGCAUCCCCGAGCGCAGCACAGGCGCUGCCGAGCCACCUCCCCCGCCGCCCGCUAGCAAGUUUGGCGGCUCCAAGCCAGGCGCGCCUCAGGAUCCAGGCUCAUUUGUUUCCACCUAGCUUCGGUGCGCCCUGCUAGGCGGGGACCCUCGGGAGCGAUGCCGGUGGAUGUGAUUUUAGUUGUGUGGUUCUGUGUGUGCACUGCCAGGACAGUGGUGGGCUUUGGGAUGGACCCUGACCUUCAGAUGGAUAUCAUCACCGAGCUUGACCUUGUGAACACCACCCUUGGAGUGGCUCAGGUGUCUGGAAUGCAUAAUGCCAGCAAAGCAUUUUUAUUUCAAGACAUAGAAAGAGAGAUCCAUGCAGCUCCUCAUGUGAGUGAGAAAUUAAUUCAGCUGUUCCGGAACAAGAGUGAAUUCACCUUUUUGGCCACUGUACAGCAGAAGCCAUCCACUUCAGGAGUAAUACUGUCCAUUCGAGAACUGGAGCACAGCUAUUUUGAACUGGAGAGCAGUGGCCUGAGGGAUGAGAUUCGGUAUCACUACAUACACAGUGGGAAGCCAAGGACAGAGGCACUUCCUUACCGGAUGGCAGAUGGACGAUGGCACAAGAUUGCACUGUCAGUUAGUGCCUCUCAUCUUCUGCUCCACGUCGACUGUAACAGGAUUUAUGAGCGUGUGAUAGACCCUCCAGAUACCAACCUUCCCCCAGGAAUCAAUUUAUGGCUUGGCCAGCGCAACCAAAAGCAUGGCUUAUUCAAAGGGAUCAUCCAAGAUGGGAAGAUCAUCUUUAUGCCGAAUGGAUAUAUAACACAGUGUCCAAAUCUAAAUCGCACUUGCCCAACCUGCAGUGAUUUCUUAAGCCUGGUACAAGGAAUAAUGGAUUUACAAGAGCUUUUGGCCAAGAUGACUGCAAAACUAAAUUAUGCAGAGACAAGACUUAGUCAAUUGGAAAACUGUCAUUGUGAGAAGACUUGUCAAGUGAGUGGACUGCUCUAUCGAGACCAAGACUCUUGGGUAGAUGGUGACCAUUGCAGGAACUGCACUUGCAAAAGUGGUGCAGUGGAAUGCCGAAGGAUGUCCUGUCCCCCUCUCAAUUGUUCCCCAGACUCCCUCCCGGUGCACAUUGCUGGCCAGUGCUGUAAGGUCUGCCGACCAAAAUGUAUCUAUGGAGGAAAAGUUCUUGCAGAAGGCCAGCGGAUUUUAACCAAGAGCUGUCGGGAAUGCCGAGGUGGAGUUUUAGUAAAAAUUACGGAAAUGUGUCCUCCUUUGAACUGCUCAGAAAAGGAUCACAUUCUUCCUGAGAAUCAGUGCUGCCGUGUCUGUAGAGGUCAUAACUUUUGUGCAGAAGGACCUAAAUGUGGUGAAAACUCAGAGUGCAAAAACUGGAAUACAAAAGCUACUUGUGAGUGCAAGAGUGGUUACAUCUCUGUCCAGGGAGACUCUGCCUACUGUGAAGAUAUUGAUGAGUGUGCAGCUAAGAUGCAUUACUGUCAUGCCAAUACUGUGUGUGUCAACCUUCCUGGGUUAUAUCGCUGUGACUGUGUCCCAGGAUACAUUCGUGUGGAUGACUUCUCUUGUACAGAACACGAUGAAUGUGGCAGCGGCCAGCACAACUGUGACGAGAAUGCCAUCUGCACCAACACUGUCCAGGGACACAGCUGCACCUGCAAACCGGGCUACGUGGGGAAUGGGACCAUCUGCAGAGCUUUCUGUGAAGAGGGCUGCAGAUACGGUGGGACGUGUGUGGCUCCUAACAAAUGUGUCUGUCCAUCUGGAUUCACAGGAAGUCACUGCGAGAAAGAUAUUGAUGAAUGUUCAGAGGGAAUCAUUGAGUGCCACAACCAUUCCCGCUGCGUUAACCUGCCAGGGUGGUACCACUGUGAGUGCAGAAGCGGUUUCCAUGACGAUGGGACCUAUUCACUGUCCGGGGAGUCCUGUAUUGACAUCGAUGAAUGUGCCUUAAGAACUCACACCUGUUGGAACGAUUCUGCCUGCAUCAACCUGGCAGGGGGCUUUGACUGUCUCUGCCCCUCUGGGCCCUCCUGCUCUGGUGACUGUCCUCAUGAAGGGGGGCUGAAGCGCAAUGGCCAGGUGUGGACCUUGAAAGAAGACAGGUGUUCUGUCUGCUCCUGCAAGGAUGGCAAGAUAUUCUGCCGACGGACGGCCUGUGAUUGCCAGAAUCCAAGUGCUGACCUUUUCUGUUGCCCAGAAUGUGACACCAGGGUCACAAGUCAAUGUUUAGACCAAAAUGGUCACAAGCUGUAUCGAAGUGGAGACAAUUGGACCCAUAGCUGUCAGCAAUGUCGGUGUCUGGAAGGAGAGGUAGAUUGCUGGCCACUCACUUGCCCCAACUUGAGCUGUGAGUACACAGCUAUCUUAGAAGGGGAGUGUUGUCCCCGCUGUGUCAGUGACCCCUGCCUAGCUGAUAACAUCGCCUAUGACAUCAGAAAAACUUGCCUGGACAGCUAUGGUGUUUCAAGGCUUAGUGGCUCAGUGUGGACGAUGGCUGGAUCUCCCUGCACAACCUGUAAAUGCAAGAAUGGAAGAGUCUGUUGUUCUGUGGAUUUGGAGUGUCUUCAAAAUAACUGAAGUAUUUAAAAUGGACUCAUCGCAGAAGAAUGGACAAAAUGACCAUCCAACGUGAUUAAGAAUAGGAAUUGGUGGUUUGGGUUUUUUGUUUGUUUUGUUUUUUUUAACCACAGACAAUUGCCAAAGUUUCCAUCUGAGGAAGGUGUUUGGAGGUUGCCUUUUGGAACUACCACUUUGCUCAUUCUUGCUAACCUAGUCUAGGUGACCUACAGUGCAGUCCAUUUAAGUCAAUGGUUGUUAAAAGAAGUUUCCCGUGUUGUAAAUCAUGUUUCCCUUAUCAGAUCAUUUGCAAACACAUUUAAAUGAUCUCAUGGUAAAUGUUGAUGUAUUUUUUGGCUUAUUUUGUGUACGAACAUAAUAGAGACUCAGCUCCUUUUAUUUAUUUUGUUGAUUUAUGGAUCAAAUUCUAAAAUAAAGUUGCCUGUUGUGAUUUUUGUCCCAUCUACUA